UAAUAUGGUUAAAUCCACUAUUGGAACCUUCCAUGCCAUCUGACUUCUAUCUGAUAAUGGGGCUAAACCGCAUCAUAGAAGGAAAACUUAGGUUCCCACUUCCUGAUAUUAAGACUAGGAGGUGCAUCUUCCAGGUAAAUGCAUGACAUGAUUAUGCAAAUAUAAGAUUAAUUAUUAAUAUAGAUUUCCAUUAACCCUAUCUUUAUGAUAACUUAUGUGCCAAGCAAACCUUUUAUGUCAGAAAUGCAGAUACACAAAUCUAGGAUGACGUUGGCUGAUGAUGUCAACUUAGAAGAAUUUGUUAUGACCAAGGAUGAGUUUUCUGGAGCCGAUAUAAAGGCAAUAUGUAUUGAAGCUGGUUUACUUGCUCUAAGAGAGCGCCGUAUGAAGGUUACGCAUUCAGACUUCAAGAAGGCUAAAGAUAAGGUCAUGUUCAAGAAGAAAGAGGGGGUGCCAGAAGGGCUCUAUAUGUGAAAAUACUCUGUUCUCUAU